CUGAGCCGGCCGCGGAGACCCCGCGCGGGAGCCGAGAUGUGUCUGCGCCUUGCAGGUGGCCUGAGUGUGGGCGACUUCCGGAAGGUGCUGAUGAAGACAGGGCUGGUGCUGGUGGUGCUGGGCCACGUGAGCUUCAUUGCAGCUGCUCUCCUCCAUGGCACUGUGCUACGCUACGUGAUUGCCCCUCAUGAUGCUGUGGCUGUGCAGUACUGCGUGGUCAACAUCCUCUCUGUCACUUCCGCCAUCGUGGUCAUCACCUCGGGCAUUGCAGCCAUCGUGUUGUCACGCUACCUUCCCAGCAUCCCCUUGCGCUGGGCAGUGUUUAGCUUGAGCGUGGCCUGUGCCCUUCUCUCUCUGACCUGUGCUCUCGGCCUCUUGGCCUCGAUCGCCGUGACCUUUGCCACCCAGGGCCGGGCACUGCUGGCAGCCUGCACUUUUGGGAGCCCCGAACUACUGGCACUGGCGCCCAACUGUCCCUUCGACCCCACACGCAUUUAUAGCUCCAGCCUGUGCCUCUGGGGCAUCUCACUUGUGUUCUGCGUGGCAGAGAGUGUGUUCGCUGUGCGAUGUGCCCAGCUCAUCCAUCAGCUGCUGGAACUGAGGCCCUGGUGGGGGAAAAGCAGCCACCACAUUAUGCAGGAAAGCCCAGAGCCUGUAGAGGACCAUGACCUGAUGAGCUGCCCCAUCUCAGGGCCGCUGACCCUCUGACAGCUGAUGCCUCGCCUGGGCCCCAUGACUCCUGGGGUCCUGUAACCAAUUCUACACUGUGACCAGGCCAGGAUUCUUCAAGCCGGCCCACAAGGGCUCAAUGGCCACUCGAGAACCCGGAUGCGGCUUUCAAACCCCUCCCUUGGCCACCCAGCCCACUGCACUGAAACAAGACUUUAUUCUGAAGUUAUUAAAAAGAACAGAGAUGCUCCAUGGGGAUGCAUGCAGCAGGA